CAGACACCCGAGUCCUUUCAAUUCCCUCUCUCUCUCUCUCUCUCUCUCUCUCUUUUCUCGCAUAGCUAAGCUCAUGGCUUUGGUGGUGGUAUUGCUAAUUGCCAUGGCCAUGGUGCAGUUGUCACAUGCAGCCGUUUACAAGGUUGGGGAUUCAGCUGGAUGGACCAUCAUUGGCAAUGUUGACUACAAACAGUGGGCUGCUACCAAGAAUUUCAAAGUUGGUGACACUAUCAUUUUUCAAUACAAUGCUCAAUUUCACAAUGUGAUGCGGGUGAAUCAUACCAUGUAUAAAGCUUGCAAUGCCUCGGCUCCAUUGGCAACUUUUACCACUGGCAGAGACUCCAUCAAUAUAACCACUCACGGCCACCAUUACUUUCUGUGCGGUGUUCCUGGCCACUGCCAGGCCGGCCAGAAGGUUGACAUCAAUGUCAUUCGAGCUUCUGCGAUGUCUCCAACUCCCUCCAUGGAGUCUUCCCCUUCCCUUGUCCCUGCACUUGCUGCUUCUGCACCUUCACCCAAUAAUGCUCCUUCUUUCAAGGGUAGCCUAAUUGCCCUCACUAUUCUCGGUGUCUUCGUAAUUUAUGUCCUGGGUCUUGCUUAAACACCUUGUUGUUAGCCUUGUGUAGCCAGCUAUUGUGGGUGUUUUGAAUUACCUCCCAGCCAACUCAUCAUAAUUUUGUACUCUUUCUUUAGAAUUUAAUAAACAAUAUUUUCAUUGUUUAUCUGACAUUACCUUCAAAUUACUUUCUUUCAGUAUAUAA